AUGACUCUACGACAGACAAAACAGCGGAGUGAUAUGAUGUCGGGUAUUGACUACUCGAAAUGGGAAAAAUUUUGUGACAGCGAUGAAUCCGACGGGAGUGAUGAGACGCCAGGCAACGAGCCGCGUAUUACGCGGCUAAGGUACCCGUCACGCGUCACAGUUGGCCCCAAUGGUGUCCACAUGGAGAAUACACCCCCAAUAGCGACGACCUCCCCAUUCAAGGAGGGAAUUGAUGCGACGAUAAACAAAAACACUGCCGCUGCCGCUACAACCACCACGAAUACUGCGUCGGUGAUGGGACCGCAUUCAAAACAAAACACCCGAAAAGAUGUUAGGGGUGUUGAAGAGGCGGAAGAAGAUGAGAUGAUGUACCAUAAUUUGACACGCAAUGGUGGGCGUGAGGGGCAGUCACACCUCUGGUCACAGACACGAGACACAGCCUCUGUGAGUUUCAUACUUCCCUCCAUGAACACGAGAGCGAAGGAGAUAAUGAACUUCCGUCUGUAUUCCGAAGAACAGCCAGAUCGCACAUCUGUGUGUGUUUUGACGUUUGGUGUGAAGGGUGUUGAGGGGGAUCGCCGGUGUGUCUUCAGGUAUCCUAUAAAGGUUGACAAUGACGUUGUGGAGGGAUGUUGGCAGUUGCACUCGCUCCAUAGUAAGUCUUUGCGACUCAUGGUGGUGCAGCUGGUCAAGGAGUCUGUGGCGGUGGGGAUGGCACUCUGGUGGGACCGAUGUUUUGUUACUGACCAGACGACAGUUGACACUCGAACGCUCGUUGACAGGAGCAGCAGUGAGGCACUGCGGGGAGAACAGUUUCAGAGGGCGUGGAAUGAAGCCCAUGAGGAAUUCAAGAAGCGAGUAAACAAAGGGCGUGGUCGUCAACCCGCCACUGGGGAAGAAGAAGAAGAGUUUAUUGAGUGA